UAAGAAAUGUGAUAUAUUGCUUUGUUUUUCGCUUUUUUUGUCAGUUAAGUGUAUUUUUAUGCAGUUUUGAUAUUUGCAUUUUCCAUUAAGGAAUGAUUACUGAACAGAAAUAGGAAUGAUGCUUUAGUUUUAGGCUAUCACCAGUUCAUGUAGAUUUGUACAAUCUGUACAAUUCACAGUUUAAAGGCAUUAGUUUUCCAUUCAUUUUCAUUCCUUUACUCUACAAAAGUCUCAUAUACAGUAUAUAUGCACAGUUCUGUUGAUGAUGACAACACAACAUUCACACACAUUCAUUUAACAUUCAAAUAUGCUAUCUUUUGGAAAUGAUGAAGACUGUUUUCUGGGAAUUCAGGACUUUUAGCUUCCAUAGGGGGGUCACAUUGUCACAUUAUAUAGUUUACAAUGAGUUGGUAUUUUAUAGUCUGCUUCCAGUAUUUCUAGACACAGUAUUUUAACUACUAAUAGAUGAAGUAAUCAUAUUAAACUUUACUUUCUAGCACUUACAACAUUACAAAGUGACUGAACCUGGAUUCAAAUAUUUAAGGAUUGCAAUGAGGUAAAUAAAAUCUGACAAUUAGAAAUAAUACCAAAAAAUGAGUAAAAUACCCAACCAUUAUAUAAUAUAAAACAAUAAAAUACUAUCAUUAUAAUAAAACAGCUAAGACAUGUUGGAAAUAAAAGCAUGAAUUAAACUGAGGGAGUUCCAGAGUUGAGGGGCCCUGACAGCAAACAGUUUACCAGCCAGAAGGGCCCUGAGCUCUGGCUUGUAGGGGAGCAAUAAUUCAGCAGAUAGAACCAUGAAAUGCUUGAGGGAUAAUCAGAGAAAUCAUAAAAACAAUUAUAAAACUUUUUAGAGACCAGUGAAGAGAGGCUGAAACAUGAUCUGUGAUCUUCUCAAAAAGUCCAGCAGCUGCAAUGAGUUGUCAUAAGUCUAUUUCACCACCUGAAUAUUCACUUUGAAACUGAAACAGCAUUCCCACCUUCAUGCUAGGAAACAACUUCAGUAGAUCUUAGAAUUAAAUGACUGAAAACAAUCUCGUCAAACUCUUUUAGGAGGGGGGUGCUGGCUUGUUUUGGGGGGACUUGGGCUCUGAGUACUCAUCCUAGCCACGGCCCUGUUCAUGUUAGACCUGGGUGGACAGUUUGCGUCCAUCCUCCUCCGUGUUUUCUCCGCCCUCUCUAGUUUAUAAAUGAGCCGAGCAGCCUCCCGGCAGCCAGGCGCUGCUGAACGGACGCAACAUGGCGGAGAGAGGCAGCGGUGGUCCGCCCGGUCCUGUUCUCCCACCGCCCCGCACUACGACCGCUCAGGCUCCAGAGACACCGUGAAGGGACCGAGUGCUUCAACACUACAGGAGAAGAAGUGUUGUGGAGAUGAGCCGACACGCCACAGACGUCCAGGACUCGGUGCAGGAGAGUGUCUCCUCCCCGCCGCUGCCUGCAGAUCAUGUGCUCAACUCCGGAGCUGUUUUAUUCCCUGGUGCUUUUGAUCAACAUGGCUGUCCUUUGAUCGUGUUCCCAGUGGACGGACAAGCCAAACUCCCCUCAGAACUCAGCAAAGCAGAAGUGGUGGACUUCAUAAAUUACUUUCUUUGUCUGCAGAAUAAGAAGCAGGAGAAAGACAGUCUGGUGUCGGUGGUGGCUGAUCUGAGGCACGCCUCUCCUCCCACCACCAGGUUCAUCGCUGAGACUCUGCUCCUGCUUGAGCUGCACAAGAGGACAGUCCACACGGUGUACAUACUUCAGCCCAAGAAGAAGGAUGUUGUCAAGCUGCUGCUGAAGCUCCUGGCUCCAUCAAAGUCUUACACUGCCUCUUUCAAGAAAGUCCUUCUGAAAGAAAUCUCUGAGCUCUCCAACUACAUUGACCGAAGCCAGCUGACAGCAUCGCUGGGUGGAUACUUUAUUUACUGUCACCAGAGUUGGGUUGCCUUCAUUAAGGAGAUUGAUGCGUUUGUGCAGCAGUUCCUGUCUGUGGUCCAGCGGCUGCCGUCAUGCAUCUCCACCCUGCAGGCUCUGUCCAGGCUGCCGCUGCCCACCACCUUCAGCGAGCUCCAACACUUCUGCUCUACCAACGAAGCCAAGUUCCAGCAGCUCAGGAGGGAGCUGGGGCUGGAUGAGCUGCUGAGGCACUGUGAGAGUGUGGUGGAGAAGCUGCGGUACCCAGAGAAGGAGCCGUGCUACCAGGCGAUGGCCGGCACUGCCCUCUUCACACACACCGCCUUCGAUAUGCUUCAGAACCACAGCAGGAUAACUGCAGGUGUGGAAAAGGUGGAGCUGCUGUGGCAGCAGGCCUUUGCUAAGGCUCGUCUCCAGCUGCAGGUGUUCCAGCUGCGAGAGGACGCACUGCAGAUCACCGAGCAGAUUGAAAUUCUUCUUCAAGAGAAGCUCCAGCCUUAUGAAAUAGAAAUUGCCAAGGAUGCUGUAAAGGCAGGGAAGUUGAUGUCAGAAUUUGAGACGUCCAUUCACACCCCUGCUAUGGCACUUGUUCGCUGUGCUGAAGAUGUGAUCCACACGAUGGCGGAGAUCCUGCCGUUGGACAGUCAGACCAGGGAGCGCUGGGUUCUGGAUCUGGAGAGGCUGAAGGAGAAACUCCGCUCUGCUGUGCACUUCAUUUUCCAAACCCUCAGAGCAGUUUCCAGCUACCAUCAUUACUACAACAAGGCCAACAGCUGGUACAGUCUGGUCCUCUGCGAGAACUUCCUCCAGCAGCUCCUGUCCGGCGUCAAUGGAGACGAUGUUCCCAGACAGCGGCAGAGGAGGAGCUGGGGGACGAUCCCAGCAUGGAGGCAGAAACUGUCAACGUUCCUGAAGAAGAAUCCCCCUCCAGACAUGGAGGAGCUGGUUCAUCUGGCUCAUCUGUCUAAUGUCAUCCCAGAUGACGAGGUCCAGCAGGAAGGCAAGCAGAUGUCUCAGCGGUGCAUGACCCUGAGGAAACUUCUCAUUUCUUCAGGACCUGUGGCUGUUGGUCACCUCCAGCUGGCCUUACAGUGGCAGUAUGAGUUGUUGCGGAGCAGCCAUGUUGACAGUGGUACAAACAGAGCAGCUAAGGAUGAUAAAGACAGUCAUUCAGAGUGUAGUCUCACUAAAUGUGAAACUGCUAAGGAGGUGGCCCAUCUCCUUGGAGCGUCUCCUUCUACAGCAGUUUCUGGGAUGGUGUCAGCUGAGGGUAAACCCCCCUCCCUCAGCUCAUUCGACUCAGGCUUCGAUGGAGUGGGGAGCAGCCAGCUGGAGGCUUGGGGAGGGAGGGAAGGAGUGGAGGGUGUUUCCAGAUUAUCUGGGACCAGGGACUCAGUGAGGCCUGCCCUGAGCCAGCCUCAAAUCUACGAAGAGAACAUCUCCAGCGUUUCAGAUUCCGAAGACCACAGAGAGGAGUUUGACUUUGGCUCUGUGGGAAACUCCUCCAGGGCGAGCAUCCAGAUUAUCCCUAAAGUAACUGUGGAUUCCCUCAACUUUGAGAUCAAAGUGAAGCGGUCAGCUGCACUACCCAAUAAUCCGUGGCUUAGCUUGCCAGUAGAUGACCUGGAAAACUCGUACACAGUCACCAUCACACAGAACCCAACACCACAGAAGAGAGACCUCCAGUUCCAUGACCCCUCAGACCCCCAUGCUAAUGCCAAGCAGACCAACGGGUCUCGAGAUCAGCCCACGCAGACGGAAGUGUUAAGCAGCACACAGCCCAGAGGGCCACAGAACAGGGACUGGAUUCUACAUUCACAAAGCAGUUUAGAGGAUCCUGAACUAAGUCCCAUUUGCAACAUCCUCUCCAGCACUAUCACAGAUGGAAGAGACAAGUCCGGCUGCACCACAGAGGGGAUUCCUACUCUUCUCUGGGAUUCUUAUGACCUCCAUGAUCAGAAUCAGGAUACUGUUGAUGGUGUUACUGAUGACUCUUUAAAGGACUGGGAUGUGAAGGAGCAGGAGGGAUUAAGGGAGGUGGAGAAGAUCCUGGACAGGGCUGAUGAAAUCCUGGAGGAGGAAGAAAAUGUUCUGGCUCAGGAGGCUGUGCUGGAUGCCCUGUUGAGGUCAGAGGACAGGCACAGUCACUGGCCAGUGUGGGACAGUGAGGACCAGCUUGGUGUGAUGUCAUCCAGCGAGUUGGCUGAAGCUGGUGUUCUUGGCCUGGAAGACUGCAUUGACCCUGUAGAAUCUGAGAAUUUGAGUGAACCCAGAUCAAAUGGAUCUGCAGGUGAAAGUAAGGCUUGCAAAGACGACGGGAACUACACUGAAACUGCAACAGGAGCAGAUACAGUAGCAUUUCACAGCAGGCCGGACCUGCUGACAGAGAUGAGGAAGGUCCACGUCCUGGAUGAACUGAUCAUGGAGGAGAACCUGAAGAUCCAUGAGCUCAGACGCUGUGAAGAAAACCCUAAAGAUGAACUCUCAGGGAGCAGAGAUACAAACGAGCCAUCAAAUAUGAGCAAAGAGAGGGAGGCUUUCCGGUUACAGCUGGAGAAGGAGAAAAGGGAGGUUGAGAAGCUUGAGAAGAGUUUGGACAAAGAGCGUAAAGUGAAGAAACACAAGGACAGAGCUAGAAAGGUUGUAAAAUGUUCUAUAAUGGAAAAGACUAGAACUGAAAAUAAGGAGGACAGAGCGCUCUGUGAUGAGCUUUUAUCAGGUAUUUGUAAAAGAUCACAGAACACACAUCCAACAGCAUUGGUUCAGCAUGAUUCUCAAGCUCAGGAUAAAUGUAAGACUGAAAGUGCUCAAGCAGAAUCAAGUCUUGAAGUUGCCAAAGAGGAUACACCGCAAGAUUUGGAUCAACUUCCAGAUUCCCGACACCAAGAGCUUAAUUGUUCUGAACCUGAGCCAUCUGCAUUUAACAGAACCGCCUUAAAUAGUAACUCUGAUUUAAAGGAAGAGGUGGGAAUCCAGCCUGUGGGAUGUAUAUACGUGACAGAAUCUGCUGAAAAUGCUAGCGUAUGCAAACCAGAAGCUUCUUUAACGGCUGAAACGAGACCAGAUGAUGGAGCAUUUGACCCAGGUGGAAAAUCACACCUUCCUCCUGAACCUAAGCCAAGAAAGCUUCAGCUUCCUGUGAACAACGACCUCGCCGAACAUGAAACGCCUCAUUCCUCAGAAGUGAUGAAUUCAGCUCCAUUCUUAGUUGCUCAAGAUCCCACUGUGGUGCAACUUGAUCUACAAGUUAACCCUCUUGAUACCCUGCCAGAGAAUGUGACUCCAGCCAUCAGUCACAACCUGGUGCUCAAUCCAAAUGUGAAGGAACACAGUAACAAUAACAACAAUAACCAUACGCUGCCAGAGAAGUGCAAAAUGUCAUUAGAUCACAGUAAUGCAUCUGAAAUGACCACUAAGGAUGAAGAGCAUGCAUCUGUGGCACCUGUACAGACAGAGUUACACCCAACAGAAGAAACUGAGACUUCUUCUCCUGCAGAUGAGUGUCCACAUCAACAGUCACCACUCCAGCUGCCUCCUGACCUGCCUCAGGAGUUUGAUCCGGGUGGUAAAGAUGAGCAGAAUGAAGACUUGCCUGAUGGUGUUCAGAGCUCUGAGGUCAUGAGGGUCUCAGGCUCUGGAUCGCCAAGGAUCCAGGCCCAGCUUAACAUCAAUAUGAGAGAGAUGACAGAUUUUAAGACCCCCAUAGUCCUGGACACAGGGUCUGGUUUGAUGAAGGCAGGAUUCGCAGAUCAAGGUCUCCCAAACGUUAUAUUCCCAACAAUCAUUGGGCAGCCAAAGUAUGAGGAAAUAAUGAAUGGUAACCUUGAGAGGGAGACCUACAUUGGUCACGAGGCCCAACACAUGAGAGGGGUCCUAGCUCUGAAGCAUCCCAUAAAGAAUGGGAUCAUUCGUAACUGGGAUGAAAUGGAAAAGAUUUGGCAUCACACAUUCCAGCAGCUGUGCGUGGAGCCAGAGGAUCACCCUGUCCUGCUGACAGAGGCAGCCAUGAACCCUCUGGAGAACCGUCAGCACAUGGUGGAGAUCAUGUUUGAGAGUUUCAAUGUUCCUUUCACCUACGUGGCCAUGCAGGCGGUGCUGGCACUCUACGCUGCAGGAAGAUGCACUGGUGUGGUGUUGGACUCUGGAGAUGGAGUGAGCCACAGUGUGCCUGUGUUUGAGGGAUACUGUCUACCUCAUGCAGUGCAGCGCUUCCCUCUGGCUGGAUCAGACGUUACAUUGCAUCUGAAAAGGCUUCUGCAGGAACAGGGGGUGUGCAUGCGCACCACAGCAGAGAUGGAGAUAGUGAGGGAGAUGAAGGAGAGGUGCUGCUGUGUGGCUCCAAACUAUGAGGCUGAGCUGAGUCAGGGGGGGUCGUCCUGCAGGGAGAUGCAUUACACCAUGCCAGAUGGACAGAUCGUCACCCUCAGCACAGAGCGGUUCAGGGCUCCUGAGAUUCUCUUUAAACCCGAGCUGAUUGGACGGGACCAUUACGGGAUUCACGAGAGCGUCUUCAAGUCAAUCCUCAGCUCAGACAUUGACCUGCGGCGCUGCUUCCUGGGAAACAUCGUGCUUUCAGGUGGGAACACUCUGCUGGCCGGCCUGCCCGAGAGGCUCCAGGCUGAAAUCAGAGGCAUGGUGCAAGCCGACAUGAGGGAGAGCGUUCGCGUCAACAGCCCCAAAGACAGAGACUUCUCAGUGUGGAGCGGAGGAGCAGUGCUGGCCAACCUGCCCCCCUUCAGCUCUGCAUGGAUCAGUCAGGAAGAAUACGAGGAGUUCGGACCGCAGAUUGUCUUCAGGAAAUGCUUCUGAGACGGACUCCUGUGUAAUGUAUGACUGAUUUGAUUUCACAAAGUGCAAUAUACAUACAGAUCUUCUACAGUGCCAUGGAUUGGUCUGAGCCAUUAUAAGCCCUUUUUUAAAUAUUUGUCUGUCUAUUUUAUGUAUUCUGUUUUUCUGUGGAGUCUAUUUAAUCCUCGCCAUCAGUCUGGAUCUUGACUGUGGAGCUCUUACUUGACACCAGCAGGUUUCUAUCCACCUGCUGCUUACUUUAUGCCUUAUCUAUCAAGAUCCAACAACACGGCCAGGAUGAAACUGGUGUUAAUGUCAUCGACUUCCUGUCAGUCGACGUUAUCGUCCCUCUAGAACCUCUUAACUGUGUCUUAAGUUUCUCACUCUGGGAAUGUAUCUGUGUCCUGAGAAUUUAAGUGUUAAUAUAUGAAUGUGUGUGGGUAAGGGACUUGAAUUGAAGCUGGCCUUUAAUUGAUAUCUGCCAACUUUGUUUCCAGAAUAAGCAAUUGAGGGACAUUAAGAAUAAACUCAAUGUGCUGACUCCAAAUAUAUAUUAAUCUAAUAUCAAAUUACUUAUUAAUUAAUUAAUUAAUUAAUUAAUUACUAAUAAUGAAUUUGUUGGACAUGGUGAAAGUUGCAUUCUAUUUGAAACUGGGAUCAGUGCAGCUGUGCAGUGUUCAGAACUGGAAACUUUUCUAGUAGCAGCGUUGAAUGAACUUUUAUGAUGGAGUUUUAGGGCCUCUGUUAAAAAAAUAUAAUAUGACUUUAUUUUCUAAAUAUUAGGACUUAAUCUCUCAAUGUUA